UUUCCGUCUAUUGGUUUGGUGGAAUUUCGUUUAUGUGAAGCACAUAUUUAGAACGUUGUUUUACAUUUUUUGUUAUUUAUAUUAUUAAAAAGUGCAUAUUAACAAAAAUAUUUGUUUGUGAACGAAAGCUUAAAAGUAUUGAGAGCAUUUAUUAUCCGUUUAACCUUGAAAUAUUAGGAAUAAUAAAUAGCCGAAAAACUGUGAGGGGUGAAUACCAACAACAACUGUACAGGCGAAGUAAUAGAAAGGAAAAAUUCCGUUCUUCCCUCACCAGUGUGAAAAGUUUUGUAAGGUUAGGGACAGAUUUGGGUGAAAAUAUCGAAAAGGAUUGGCAUUAAAUGCCUCCCAACAUAAUAGAGCCUGCACAGCAUCAGCAAGGCGAUGCGGAAAUGCGUGAUGAAGAAGAUAUUCAGGCAACAACAUCGGCCACUGAGGCAACAGCAAAUGCAGAAAAUUCUCCAACGCAACAGCAUACAUCAAAUGAGAGUAAUGGUACCACUAACAGGGAUGAGAGACAGCCAUCAGCUGAGGCAAAUGUGGACGCGGACGCAGAGAUGAAUAAUGCGGAAGAAAAUGGAUCUAUUGGCUCCAACGAAGCCAAUGCUGAAGCAGAAGGGGAUGGAGAGGCUGGUGAGAAUGCUGGUGCUGCUGCUGAUGCCAACGCUCCCGCUGAUGCUGAUCCUUUUUAUGGGUUCGAAGAUGAAGAACCAAAUUUCGAUAGCAAAGACAUGUCACAGGUGUUGCAAAUUUGGGAAGCGCAGCACACACGUUCCGGAUUCGAUCCAGUGCCAGUGUUGAAAAGGCUUGCCGAAAUUUUCGAAAAAGAAAAGGAAAUUUAUAUGCGUAAAGACCACGACCCUUUCGAAGACCGCCACCCCUAUCGGACAGAUCCGAAGUGCCAAUUUGGAGUUCUGCUCAAGCAGCUGUUCCGAAAAGAUAUUUUCAUGAACAAGCUUGUGAACGACUAUUUGCGCGAUAAUUUCUUCACCCGUCAAAAUAUCCAGAAAAGUUCACUGGAAUUGAAUAUUCUAACUUGCCGAUUAAUCUUAGUAAUAGCUCCCGGUUUAGAGACAUCUGCCGUUUUCCAAGGAGAAUUCGAACAUCUGAUUCAUAGAAUUUUCGGCUGGGCUGAAGAUAGUAUUGAACCAUUGCAAAGUUAUGCGACAGGUUUGUUAGGGGCUGCUAUGGAAGUAACUGAAAUCGCGGUAUCAUUCAAAGAACACAACGCUCGCCUUAUACCAAAGAUUUUGAAACGGUUGCAUAUGUUGCAAGCAAUAUACAAAUCAGGCGGCGAAUCUGGUCAAUCGACGCAUGCCCAACCACCAUCAGAACCAAAUUCUGCCAAUAACUCAUUCGAACAUACGCCUACUUCUAUUGUAAACGGCGUUCCAUUUCUACUAUCACCGCAAACAGAAGAUCAAUCGAAAAUUGAUGCGACGGCGACACAAAGUUCAAAGAGUGCUAUAGACACUCACUGUUCGAAUUCGAAUAUGUCAACACUACUGGAGAAUAGUCGCGAUGCUUUUCCUCAAGGAAGUGGGCAUCGUUACUAUAAGAAAAUGUAUAUUCCCUUGCACCCGCCUACCGUUGAAUCAAGCCAAGCGCUAAUGCUGCGAUAUCUUACUGCACUCGGUAAUCAUCAAGAUUAUUUGGGUUCGGUUUUUGAACAACGCGCCAUGCAGUUGGUUUCCGGUUAUUUGGAGAAUUUAGACAGACGCGAUACCUGUUUGGGAUUCGAAGCCCUAAAAUAUCUCGCCUCAUUGCUUUGUCAUAAGAAAUUCGCUUUAGAAUUCAUUGCACACGGUGGAUUGGAGUUGCUACUCAAAGUACCACGUCCCAGCAUCGCUGCUACUGGCGUUUCUAUAACACUAUACUACCUCGCUUAUUGUGAAGAAGCAAUGGAACGCAUUUGCAGUAUGCCCAGAAAUGUAAUAUCGGAGUUGGUACAUUACGCACUAUGGCUUAUGGAAAGGUCCUACGAUUCAGGUGUUUGUCAUGCCACCAUGUUCUUCGGCUUAAGUUUUCAAUUCAAAGUAAUUUUGGAUGAAUUCGACUCGCAAGACGGUCUUCGUAAGCUGUACAAUGUUAUUUCUAUCCUUAAAAUCCUGAAUCCUUCCAAUAGCGAUGAUGAUGAGAAUCCUCUUAAUGACGAUUUAGAAUGUGCUUCGCGUCAACUCGUGCGACAUGUGUGUGUCGCACUUAAACGCUAUAUGGAGAGUCAUCUUUUCUACAAAUAUAACAAUUUCAUGCGCCAACAAUGUUUGCUAACAACUGAAUUCUCUCAAAACGUUGUAACUAAAGCAGCAAAGACAAGUCUGGAACAGAUCAGUGAACAAGUGCGCACAUUACAGGAGAACACCUCAGUGCGUGCCCAUUGGGCACCUGUGGACAAACUAUUAAAAGUGAGCGGUGUCACAUUACUUUUGAAAAUUAUAGCGCUUUCCUAUGAUUGGAACAAUAGUGUGAGGUCCGAAAUAGUGCGUUCGGCAUUGGAUGUUCUCUCUAUUUGUUGUGUUAUUCCGCGGGUUUUCCUGGUUUAUUGCGAGCGAUUGGAUGUGCCGGAUAGUGCGGGAGCUUCAGGAAUUUACUUCAUACUGGCCGCCGCUUCAGGUGAUAUCACUGCCGACGCUGACGUUCAAAAAUCUGCUUUGGCCGUAUUGGUUCAUUGUGUCUGUGCACCUUUGGCGAGGAAAGAGCCUAACAAUGUGAUGAAAGUAUUUAGUGCGUCAAAGCGUAAUAAACAGAAUAAUCGCUAUUGCGAAGAAUUAAUCGAGAAGGUAUGGGAGUCGGUUUGCUCCAACAAUGGAAUUAUUAUACUUCUAUCUCUGAUGCAAAUUAAAGCGCCGAUCACUGAUGCGGAUUGCAUUCGAGGUAUGGCCUGCCGCGCGUUAGCUGGUCUUGCGCGGUCUGAGCGCGUGCGCCAAAUCGUCGGCAAAUUGACACUUUUCGCAAAUGGGCAAAUUCAAACGCUGAUGCGUGACCCAAUAUUGCAGGAAAAACGCGCUGAGCACGUAUUGUUCCAAAAGUAUGCACUAGAGUUAGUAGAACUCGUUUCAGGCAAAACAAAACCGAUUUCCAAUAAGAUGGAUCCAUCACUCGCCAACAUUCACAAAGCCAAUGUCAUUGCGCAAACUAAAAUUCAGUAUAACGAACAACAGUUAUAUCAACUAAUACACGAUCAUCUAGAAUCUAAGGGCCUACUCCAGACGGCACAAAUGUUGCAGAAAGAGGCAGGUCUGCCGCAAAUUUCCUCCAACACGACGAAAAACUUUCACCAAUCGCCAUUCGAUUACAAAGUGGUACCAUCGUCAUCAGCGCGUCAGCGUUUACGCAUCCGCACGCAGGAUUUGAACAGUGCUAUCAAUAGCAUAGCAAAUGAUCAUCAGCAGCAGCAGCUUAAUAACAGCCUUAACAUUGAGGAGCUGCCGUCCAGCAGCAUUACUGUAACACCUAUUAAAUUGGUGAAAAAAUCUGAGAAAACAUCUGCAACAAAUUUGAGCGGUAAUGCUAAUGCCAUGGCUAUCGCACAUGCGAAUGCGCAGCGUUCUCUGCAAAAACAAAUAUCCUCACUGCCAGAAGACGUACGUUCUGAGAGUGGAUCGCCACCACUGCAGCAUGGGAACCAGACUGGCAUUACUCUCGGCACCAUUGUUACAGAAUAUCUCACCAACCAGCAUGCCUUGUGUAACAAUCCCAUGACAACAUGUCCGCAAUUCGACCUGUUCACGCCACACAAAUGCCCUGAUCCUAAGCCGAAUCGUGUGGGAGAUAAUCUUAAUUUGACAGCGCGCAUUUUCAAAGCGCAGGCCGGAUACAAUACAGCGCGUUUGGACCGUCGUUAUGUACAUUCGAAUUUCGCGCCGUGGCGGUCGGUGCGUUCCAAUGACUUCCCAUCCUUGCAGUUUUCCACUUGUGAAAUAGUAUCUCCAUCCAAACUGCUGCUCGUCGGUACCCACCGUGGUGAAGUAAAAGCAUUCAAUCUUUCCACAGGCACAGAGGUCUUCUCAUCCGUUUGUCACAGUUAUGUCGUCGAUUCUAUUAUUUCUAAUCGUGCUGGUGAUUUAGUGCUAACGUCGUGCUCUUGGCGGUCACCUCUCAGCGUACUCUGGUCUAUUCAGCAUAACGAGUUUGCGUCGAAAUUGAGCUUUGCCGACGAUUACUAUUGCGAGUUCAACAAUUUGACGCAGGACAAAGUACUGGGAACACAAAAUGACUGCGCCAUAAUUUACGACAUAAAUAGCGGGAAUAAGAUUUCCACGUUCACGCCAACGCUUGGGAAUCAAUAUGUUAAGAAUCGUGCUACCUUCUGUCCAACCGAUGAGCUUAUAUUAUCUGAUGGCGUUUUAUGGGACGUGCGGUCCGGAAAAGAAAUUCACAAAUUCGACAAACUGAAUCAAUGCCUUUCGGGGGUUUUCCAUCCUAACGGCUUAGAAAUAAUUUCAAAUACCGAAGUAUGGGAUCUGCGCACAUUCCAUCUCCUGCAGACUGUUCCCGUUCUUGACCAAUGUUUUCUUAAGUUUUCGCCAAUGCGCGUGAUCUACAGCUAUAAUGCGGAAGCAUCUGACGAACGCAUUGAUGCGAUGCUAGAAGAAUUACCUGCAUGCGAAACGAGUUUUAAGGUGCUUGACGCCUACGACUAUUCUUCAAUAUCCACGAUCGAUGUGCGGCGUGGCAUCUACGACAUGAGCAUCAGCGAUAAUGGCAGUCUCAUUGCGUUAGUGGAAAAUCAACCAGCGUACGAUUCGAGACCGGAGACUUUCGUUAAAAUCUAUGCUGUAGGCAUGAAGAAGAUCGAGAAUCAAGAAGAGGAAGAUGAUGAAGAGCCAGAUUCUGAAGAGGACGGUUCGGACAGCGAUACAACAGACAUUUUUGAUAUUAGCGAAAACGAUCGGAUUCGUUUGCUGCGUUCGGACGGCGAGGACGACGAUGACGAGGAAAUGGAUAGCGAUGAUGACAGUGACGAUAACGAUGGUAACGACGACGACGGUGAUGGUUGGGUAGAUGUGAACUCAAAUUCGUCUAUGAGUGAUGACGAUAAUGAGCACGCGCAGCGAGAAUCAUCGUCGUCGGAGGAUGAGAUUAUGGAAAUUCAUUUUCGGCCUUAUUAGAAACUGUCUUUAAUUGCUAUUCGUUGCUUUUAAAGUAAACAAAAAUGAAAGAGAAAAUAAUGCAAGUACAUGCAAGCUUCCUGUAAUCUGUUGAUGCGCAUAAAGUAAAAAACGAAAUAUAAUUUUUAUUCGAGAAACAAUAAAAAUUGAUAAAAGCAGAACACAAAAGUACAGUGUCAGGCGCAUAGCAGAAUUGUGUUUAUCAUUUUGUACUAUAAGUAUUCAUUUUAGAAACCUUGUAUAGUAGUUAGUCUCAUCAAUAUGCAGAAAGAGAGGAAAACAUGAAGCAAGAUAAAAUUAUGUAAGCAGUAAUUGCCAGUUACACCAACUCGAAGUUCAAUUUCAGAUAUGGAUUUAUUUUCAAGAAGUACAAAUUUUGAGCCAAUACUUUCGCCGCUUAUUUGCGCCCGAAAUUUUUUAUACAAUACUUUUGUUCAUCUACGGCCGGACCUAAAUUUAGAUUGUGAAGUACAUUUAAUUUUUACUUAAAGGGGCUGAAGCGCGAAAUGUGAAAAUUAAAAAUUAGAAAGAAAAGUGCAGAAAAUACAAAUUUCAUAUCAGAAAAUAAUUUUUUUCCGUUUUUUGCUAUUUAUAAACUUCCGAAAUCAGCCAUCGAACAGUUUGUGCUGUUUGAAAAUGAAUCCACUUUUUUUCUAUUUUAUAUAAAAAGAUCUAAUUUCACAAAUUUAUUACAACUUUCUGAAAUAGAACUGCAAAUGGUUUGAAAAGUUUAUCCUCUUCGAAUUUCUAAUUUUAUUAUAAUAUUUAAUAUUUUUUUUUAUAUGUUAUACUGUUUGUUGCAAACCACAAGAAAUUUAAAAAAAUAACGCGUCAAUGUAACAAUUGUAUUUGUCAAGCGAAUGCGCGUCAAAUUAUUACUGCAUUUCUUUUUGUAAGAACUUUAAAAUAGCAAAACACAAAAAUAAAGAAUAUCGAAAUAAAAUUAUAUAUUAUAUGUAAAUAAAAGGAGGCGUUUCGUGUUGAGCAAAAGCAAAGAGUGCAGGAUGUGUUGUAAUAAAAAACAAAUAAAGGAGUUGCAAGCAGGAGCACAGGUUUCUAUCGGGUGUUUUGUUAAGAGCUUGAGAACUCAAAAUAAAAUAACAGAAAUGUUGGAA